CUCAUUCAGCGAGUGGCCGCGGCGAAGACAACAACAGGCUACCUCCUCAGUCCUGGAAUGCUGCAAAGCUAUGGGACAAAGGAAUCAAAACACCUCCAGGCUUUCUAACAAAGAGCCAUAACAUAACAUAGGUUAUAACAUGUUGAACCAGUGUAAUAAUUGAAAAAUGUUGUCUUCAUAGUUUGAGAAACUAAUUGCCUCUGAGACAAUAUUCUAGUAAUGCUUUGGACCCCAGAGUUGAGAUACCAGUGUCGUCAUUGUUUGGCUGAGGCUGUGUUGAGCUGAUGUGCUGUGAGAUCAGCUGUAGUCAGACAUGACCAGAAGAUGCACAUAACCAAAGGGGUGGAGUGCGCCCUCGUUUGACUGGCAGGGCACAGUUUCUUCCUGUGCCUGCACUGUGUCCUCACGUGGCUCUGAGUCGUCCACACAGAGGAAGUGCCAUCCCCAUCAGCAUCAUGGACCACGAUGACACUGGAAGUGACCUGUCUGAGUCUUUGGAGAUCAGAGAGCUCCAGGACCAGUAUGUGGUCCCUGACAACAGCUUCAAGUCCAAAAGUUUGCCCAUUCUAAAUGGACCCUGUGAGCAGGACAAAAAGGCAGAGGAGCCACGGCUGGUGGUGACUCAUGUGGACCAGAGCAGCCAGAUCCAGAUCAAAACACCAGACUCUAGCCAGGCAGAGACUCCCUCCUCUCGGAUGGACUUCUCCCCUUCUGCCUCCAGCAUGGUGGGCCUCAGCAGCUCUCUGCCUGUGGAUGGACACAAAGGUUCAGGAGGUAAAAAACUGGGCUUCUCUCUCACAAACCUGAUCCGAAUCCCAGCCAGGAAGUAUGUGCGGGUCAUCCUCCGAGACUCGCGCUGCUUCCUGUUCUGCAUGUGCUAUCUGACCUUCAUCCAGUCGCUCAUGGUAUCGGGCUACCUCAGUAGUGUCAUCACCACCAUCGAGAAGCGCUACAGCCUGCGCAGCUCCGAGUCCGGCCUGCUGGUCAGCUGCUUUGACAUCGGCAGUCUGCUAGUGGUGGUCUUCAUCUCCUAUUUCGGGGGCAGAGGGCAGCGUCCACGCUGGUUAGCUGUGGGUGGUGUUUUCAUUGCCAUAGGGGCAGCACUGUUCUCCCUGCCACACUUUAUCUCCCCUCCAUACCAGAUCCAGGAGAUGAACUCCUCUGCAGGCCACGAGGGCCUGUGUCUGACUGGCAACAGCAGUGGCAGAGACGCACUGGAUGUGUCUUCCUGUCCUCGUGAUCAGGAGGGCAACGAGCACAACCUGUACGUGGCCCUGUUCAUCUGUGCCCAGAUUCUGGUGGGCAUGGGGUCAACGCCCAUCUACACACUGGGACCCACGUACCUGGAUGACAACGUGAAGAAGGAGAAUGCAUCCCUUUACCUGGCUAUCAUGUAUGUGAUGGGAGCCCUUGGACCUGCAGCAGGGUACUUGCUUGGAGGCGUUCUCAUUGGCUUCUAUGUCGACCCCAAGACCGUAGUCAACAUCGACCAGAAUGACCCACGCUUUGUGGGCAACUGGUGGAGCGGAUUCCUACUGUGCGCCAUCGCCAUGCUCCUGGUCAUAUUCCCCAUGUUUGCCUUUCCCAAAAAGCUGCCUCCGCGCCACAAGAAGAGGAAGAAGAAAAAGAUUGGCUCAUCAGGAGAUGUGUCGAGCGAUGACGAAAUGAUGAAGGAGAAAUCCAGCACCAAAAGCCAGAACGUUUCCUCCUCCAUGGGCUUUGGCAAGGACAUCAAAGACCUCCCAAAAGCCGCUCUGAAGAUCCUGGGCAACAUGACGUUCCUCUUCGUCAGCUUGUCCUACACUGCUGAGUGUGCCAUUGUCACCGCCUUCAUCACCUUCAUCCCAAAGUUCAUAGAGUCACAGUUUGGCAUUCCUGCCUCAAAUGCCAGCAUAUACACAGGUCUCAUAAUUGUACCCAGCGCUGGAGUAGGUAUAGUUCUUGGGGGGUACAUCAUAAAGAAGCUAAAGUUGGGAGCGCGAGAGUCGGCAAAGCUAGCCAUGAUCUGCAGCGGUGUGUCUCUGCUCUGCUUCUCCACACUCUUCAUUGUGGGCUGUGAGAGCAUCAACCUUGGCGGCAUCAACAUCCCAUACACCACUGGGCCUACACUGACACUGACCCACAGGAACCUGACGGGCAGUUGUAAUGUUAACUGUGGCUGUAGGAUCCAUGAGUAUGCUCCAGUGUGCGGCUCCGAUGGCAUCACCUACUUCAACCCGUGUCUGGCAGGAUGCAGCACUGUGGGCAACGAUAGUACCGGGAUGAGGAACUACACGGACUGCGGCUGUGUGCAGAGCAGACAGGUGAUCACGCCGUCAUCAGGUGGACAGGUGAACCAGCUCAACCAGCUGCAGCUUGUCAUAGUGAAGACGUACCUAAAUGAGAAUGGCUAUGCUGUGUCUGGCAAAUGUGACCGUACCUGCAACACUCUCAUCCCCUUCCUCAUCUUCCUUUUCAUCGUCACACUCAUCACCGCCUGUGCCCAGCCCUCUGCUAUCAUCGUCACUCUCAGGUCUGUGGAUGAACAAGAGAGGCCUUUUGCGUUAGGAAUGCAGUUUGUGUUACUCCGAACUCUUGCCUAUAUCCCGACGCCCAUCUACUUUGGAGCAGUGAUUGACACCACAUGCAUGCUGUGGCAGCAGGACUGUGGCGUGCACGGCUCGUGCUGGGAAUAUGACGUCACCUCUUUCCGCUUUGUGUAUUUCGGCCUGGCUGCCAGCCUCAAGUUUGUUGGCUUUGUCUUCAUCUUCCUCACUUGGUACUCCAUAAAGCACAAAGAGGAGCGGGCCGAGCGCUGGCGCCAGCACCUGCCUCCUCUGGGCACCGUGAGUGAACUGAUCUGCCACGCAGGGGGGCAAAAGAGCCACGCCCGCACACGCUCCUGCCCCAUCUUCAUCCCACCUCGGCCUGAGCCACCAGCCGCUCUGCUGCUCAACCGCGGCCACAGCAGCCUCAGCUGUCCUGGCAAUGCCCUCAAAGCAAUAACCCCGCCCAUCUUCCUGCCCCAUCACCACCGAGGCUCCGCCCAUGUCUGAAACUCAGUGACAUGUGCCUUCAUCUACUCUGAUCAGGCACCAGGGGGCGCUCCUCUCUCCUCAUGACUACUGUAAGGGCUGUCCAUCAGAACUGAGAGCAUAUCAUCAGCUACAUCACAGAAAGCCUCAGAGGAGGUGGACAUAGUCCAGGUGCUACUGUUCAAAGGCAGGGCAUUACUCUGUAAAGACAUCAUCAUCAUCACCACAAUGUCUAAAGCACAAUCUGUACUAUGCAAACCUGUGUACAGCUCCUCCUCACUCACAUGUACAUGUUAUCAGCUCUCCAGGUACAGGCCACCUUUGAACACACUCGUUUGUCUGAUUAUCACUUUCUACAUGACUUUUUUAUUCUUUUCGUAACAGUGCCUCUCAGGCUAUCUGGGCCAGCGGAGUUGUGUGCUAGCUGCCAGGUUUAGAGCUAGCACAGGAGCCAGUCACUGUCCUCUCAGCUGAGUGACAGCUUUUGUUUUGAUGCCCUGGGCUUUUGUUUGGAGUAACUUUGCCUUGACAUGUAUGUAGCUUAAUGCCAAGAAGCCACAGUGGUACCAUGUUAGAACACAUCUCACCAUUCUAUUUAGCCAAAUAAACAAAAAUUUAGGCAUCUCAUCUCUGACCAUGUGCUGAAGCUACUGUCCACAACAAGGAAUUUCACUUGAAACAGAAAAUGCAAAAAGAGAAUAUGGCCCUCUUAUCAAUGGAACUGUUGCAUUCUUUUGGCAUUGUAUUGUAUUCGAGUCAUUACAAUGGUCAUCAGAUGUAUAUAGUAGUUCUCUUGUAGUCUAGGCUUUUAAAGUGCUGCAAGCAUGUAAACAAAGGAAACCCUUUUUAUCAGCAGUCCAGUACUGAUUCUCUGUUUUUGGGUGUUUGGUGCCCUCUGGUGGACAGAGACAUGAUUGUGUGAAGGCAAGUGAAUGUUGCUGUUGUCAAAACCUACUGUAACUUCAAAUAUGUUAUUAUUAAGUGAUUUCUGCACUAAGUUUAGCACUCCAAAGACUGACUGAAUAAAAGAAGCAUUUAUUUAUUUCUUGGCCAGGGGAAGAGUAUUUGAGUUUGCCUUGACAGCAAGGCUGUGCAAUGUGUUAAUGUAACUGUUCAUUUUAUACCAUGGCUCAUAUUCUAUCCAGUACAUCUUUAAUUUGAUAAAUAAAGGAGUGUGUUACCUUAGUAGUAUUAUCUUUGAGGGAUGAGUUGUGAGGCAAGUCUGAUUAAAGUAUAUUAUGAUUUGUGUUUAGCAUAAAAAUCAAUGCAGUGAUCAAUUUAAAUUUUCUUGACCAAGACCAUAUUCUGCCAGCUGAAGUGUUUCAAAUGGCAUUGGUUGAUAAUAGUAUUGUGAUCUCAGUACCUCAAACAAUAUAUUCAUAUGUGAUUAUUGUACAUACUGACAAUGAGACAUAUUUUAGAGCUGACAUAUAGGUAGAAGCAUAUUUAUGAACUAAUCCAUGACAUUGUAGGAGGAAAUUACUUAAAAUCUAAAAAAAAUAUAUAUAUUAAAAAGUCUUGUGCCUGAACAGUAUUCACAGUGGGUAAGGGGUCAGGGCCACUAAUUUUCAGUCCAAAGACAAAUUAUUGACACCAGGACCUGUAUUUGUAAUGAUUCUCUACUCCUCUUUUGUGUUCAUUAGUUCACAUUUUCAAGUUCCAAAAACAUAAGCCAACCACAAGCUCAUAUAUGUUGGUAAAGAGUUUGGUGGAGCGACAAAUAUACUUUACUAUGUACUUUUCCGAUGUUCAACUUGAUUAGAUCAAUGUAGUGUUUUAAAUUGGUCUAAAAAUAGAUUGCUUUUAAAAAACAAAAAAAGAACCAAUUGACCAAGCAUGAUUCCGAUUUAAGCACUUUGAGGCAACUUUGACCUCCUGGUUUUUGGUGCGCCGUUUUCCACUGGGAGUAGUAGAGAAUGUGCCCUUAUGGCCCACAGUACCCGUAUACCAUGUAAAAUGCCCAGUAAUCUGCACACUCUUCUUCUAACGCCUGAACUGCUACUGAGCGAUGACUCCAACAUUUUCCUGCGUUCGAGUUUGGACGCAGCAGUGAAUUCCAUGGAUUCUGGCUGUAACCUGAAGGUCAGGCUUUUAUCGCUUAGUGUUCCUCAGGAGCAGAAACCGAAUUGAUGUUUGUGAACGUUUGGUUUACAAAUGCCUUGAAUACUUGAUAUUUGUCAUUAAAUGAAAACAACCC